CACCAUGGUCCAUGGUUGAUUAAUUAAUCGUAGCUAGCAUAGACUUCCAAAAGUAAUAGUGUUUUCUUGUGGAGAGGGAGAGAAAGAGAAAUGAAGAGAGAGUGUCAUCCUUUACUAAAAGGUGGAAGAAGAGGAGGCAAAAAAUACAUACAUGCUUUUUCUUCAGCUCAGAUGGAAUCAUUAGGAAGCAUAUGUGAGGCACUAUUGCCUCCUCUGCGGUUGGAAUGUUUGGACACGAUGGAUAACAACCCAACAACCAAGGCUGUCCAGUUCUUCUGGAAAGCUUCCGCAUCUGAAUUCUCUGUACCUGACCAGGUUGCAGAGAUGCUGAUGAAAAGAGCUCUAACUGAAGCAAUGAUACUGCUGAGAGUGAUUCUAUGGAUGCUGGCAACAAGGUUGGGCACUUUAUUGCUAUGUGGGUCUCUCUGUCUGAGUCACAAAUGGCCCUUCAUCAAUAAUUUCUCAAAUAUUUCUCUGGAAAACAGAGAAAAGGUUCUGCAGAAAUGGCUCAAGCAUCGGUUCCUGACACCUAUUAGACUUGCUUUUGUUUACAUCAAAGUCCUUUGCCUCAUUGUUUUCUUCUCUCAAUGUGAUGACAAUGGUGAAAACCCAGCAUGGGAAGCCAUUGGAUAUCAGGUUGACACUGAUGGGAACACAAGCAACAUUCACAAAGAGAGGCCUCUUGAAAAGGGAAUAGUGGAAGCUAUGAAAGAGACCAAUUUGAGUCUGCCUGAGUCUCUUGUUCAGAAAGGUCUUGAAGUUGCUGUAGAUGCUGAAAACAACAUCCUCAAGAUCAAAUCAUGUGAUGUAGUAAUUGUUGGGUCUGGUUGUGGGGGAGGAGUUGCAGCUGCUGUUCUUGCAAGUUCAGGACUGAAGGUGCUUGUUCUUGAGAAGGGUAACUACUUUACUCCCAUGGAUUAUUCUUCUCUAGAAGGGCCCUCUAUAAAUGAACUUUACGAAGUAGGAGGAACUAUGGCAUCCUUAGAUGGGAAAAUGGGAAUUCUUGCAGGGUCAACUGUGGGUGGUGGUUCUGCUGUUAAUUGGGCUGCAUCUAUUAGAACACCAAAUUGUGUGCUUAAGGAAUGGGCAGAGGACCAGAAGCUAUCACUCUUUUCAGGCUAUGAAUAUCUUUCUGCCAUGGACAUGGUGUGUAAAAGGAUUGGUGUAACAGAUAGAUGUGUGGAGGAAGGGCUCCAAAAUCAAGUUCUCCGAAAAGGUUGUAAGAAUCUUGGUCUUCAAGUUGAUUAUGUGCCUAGAAAUUCAUCAGAACAUCAUUACUGUGGGUCUUGCAACUAUGGUUGUAGAAGAGGAGAUAAAAAAGGGACUGAAGUUACAUGGCUUGUCGAUGCUGUGGAUCAUGGUGCAGUAAUUCUAACAGGAUGCAAAGCUGACAGGUUUAUGCUGGUAAAGAAUAAGGGAGGAUGUGUAAGAAGAAAGAAAUGCUUAGGAGUGAUGGCUAAUGUUUUAACAAACAAUAUCACAUGGAGACUGCAAAUUGAGGCCAAAGUCACAAUCUCUGCAUGUGGGGCUCUUUUCACACCUCCAUUAAUGAUCUCCAGUGGUUUAAAGAAUAAGAACAUUGGCCGGAACCUUCAUCUCCAUCCAGUGCUAAUGACAUGGGGAUAUUUUCCAGACACAAUUUCUGAUCUCAAGGGUAAAAGCUAUGAGGGAGGAAUAAUCACUUCUUUCCACAAGGUUCUAUCAGAGGACUCCAAAGUAAAAGCAAUAAUUGAAACUCCAGCACUGGCCCCAGGAACUUUUUCUUCGCUGUUUCCUUGGGUGUCUGGACUUGACUUCAAAGAAAGAAUGCUCAAAUAUUCAAGGACCGUUCAUUUGAUCACAAUUAUUCGAGACAAGGGUUGCGGAGAAGUUAGGACUGAAGGUAAGGUAAAGUAUGAGUUAGUUGAAUCAGACAAAGAGAACAUCAAGGAUGGAUUGCAGCAGGCACUGCGGAUUCUAAUAGCGGCAGGAGCUGUUGAAGUAGGUACUCACAGAAGUGAUGGACAGAGAAUUGAGUGUAAAGGGAAUAAUGAAAAGGAAUUGAAGAAGUUUUUGGAAUCAGUAUAUGCAACAGGAGGGCCAAUGUCACAUGAAGAAAAAUGGAGUAUAUAUGGUUCUGCUCAUCAGAUGGGGAGCUGUAGGAUGGGCAUGACUGAAAAGGAAGGUGCAGUUGAUGAAAAUGGUCAGAGUUGGGAAGCAGAAGGCUUAUUUGUGUGUGAUGCAAGUCUGAUGCCAACUGCAAUUGGUGUCAAUCCCAUGAUAACUAUCCAGUCCACUGCAUAUUGUAUUGCCAAGAGAAUUGCAGUGUUUUUGACAACGGAAUAGAAUUACCUGGUUUGUUCUUCUUCUUUCCUUCAAGCAAGCAUCCUAUAAUAGUUGCCUAGAUUGUUUGAAACUUUGAAUUGAACAGUCAUUCAUGUUAUGAA